AUGGCUGCUGUCCUGUACUCUAGACUCCAGGCCGCGGAUGGUUCUGUCCACUGCCACAUCCUCUUCGCUCGCACGAAGCUGGCGCCCAUCCGCACUCUUAAGCCAAUGGCCGAGCCCGUGGCCAGGAUGACCAUUCCUCGCUCGGAGCUCCGCGCCGCUCUGCUGGCUGCUAAGCUUCCACGCUUGACAGCCAAAGAACUAGCAGUUCCGAUUGAGCGCUGUCACGCCUGGUGCGACUCGCAAAUUUUGCUGCACUGGGUUCGCUCCGAUCAGCCAACCAACAACGCCCUCGUCGACAACUACGUGGCCCAGAUGCAGGACACGCUUUCCUCGAGCGCCUGGUGGUACCUGCCGUCGCAGUCCAAUCCAUGGGACGGUCCGCCGUGGCUCGCCAACAACGACCGAGCCUGGCCCCACGAAGCACUUCAAGAGGUGACACCCCUGCCGUUGGCCUGCUACGCCACCUGUCUAGCUGAGCCGAGCAUACUUGAACGAUAUUCCAAGCUUCACACUCUACUCGUCGUUCUCGUGCGCACUCGUCAGUGGGUCCGGCACCAGUUGCGUCGCCCACCUGUCCUGCCGGUGCUCUCACAACUGACCCCCACCGAGCUUCAAGAUGCUUUCCUGGCCUGCAUCCGUUUGAGCCAAUCGGAAACGUUCGGCGAAGAGCGCGCGCGUUUGCAGAACGGCGAGCGAUUGCCAAAAGGGAACCCUUUGACUUCUCUUGCGGCUUUCCUCGACACCAACGGCAUUCUGCGCGUCGGCGGGCGGCUGGGUUUCUCCUCACUACCUUACGAAGAGCGGCAUCCACCGAUCCUUAGCGGAGCCUCAUCGCUCGUCUCACUGGUCCUUUCUUGGACCCAUACUCGAGCUCUUCACAGUGGAUACAGGGUCACUAGUGCCUACGCGGCCAAGCGUGCAUGGAUUCUCGGUGGCCCACGCAUAAUCAAGGCUCAAUUGCGGCGGUGCGUCGUAUGCUCCCGACUCCAGGCUUGCUCCACGACCCAGAUGAUGGCCCCCUUACCAGCUUCACGAGUCACACCUUCCCGCGCUUUUGGCCCCACGGGUGUCGACUACGCCGGGCCUUUUUCAGUACUUGCAUCAAAAGGACGAGGCAUACGCACUACGAAGGGCUGCAUCGCCGUCUUCGUGUGCAUGAGGACAAAGGCCCUACACCUCGAGAUCGUCAGUGAUCUCUCCACAGCCGCCUUCCUGGGCGCUCUCGCUCGGUUCACCGGUCGUCGAGCAUUCUGGGAGGCAGGUGAUUAUCUUAUAGCUAAUCUUGUCAAUGCCAGGAAAGGAUUUUGUUCUAACGGAGCUGAGAGCAUUUUCAAGAAUUUACUUGAUAUGAAGAAAAUGGAUCCAUCGAAGCCAUUCCUGAGGCAUUUAAUUUUGGUCCAAACAUUGGAAGUGUUGGAUGGUCAUUAA